CUGAUAAUUUCUAUAGUUCUUUUAACUUCCUUGUGGUAGAAGCAGGUUAUGGCAUCAUCAAAUAGUUCAUUAUGUGGUGUAUGUGAAUGUCAGCACUUGACGACAGAAGCCACAUUCUGGUGUCCUGAAUGUGAUGAAGGUUUGUGUUCGACAUGCUUAAAGUAUCACAAUGCUUCCAAAUCGACGAGAAAUCAUGAGGUCAUCUCUGUCGAUAACUACAGGCAGCUACCGUCAUUUGUAGCCAGCGUACAACAAUACUGUUCCGACCACGACAACAAGUACCAACUUUACUGUUUACAACACGAAAGUCCAUGUUGCCCUCAUUGUGUUACAACCACUCACAAGAAAUGCAACUUUACGACACUCGAUGAAAUUGUUAAAACUUCCAAAACGUCCGUAUCAUUUGACAAUUUAGAACAAAGUCUGAACGACUUAAAAGAAAAUAUAAAAAGAAUAACAAAAGACAGAGAACAAAAUUUAUCAAAAGUUCAACAGAGAAGAAGGAAAAUACAUUCUGAAAUACAGACGAUGCGCGACAAAUUAAACAAACAUCUAGACAGUAUCGAACAAAAGAUACUACAGGAUUUGGAUGAUGUGGAAAAGGGAGUAAGCUCAGAGAUACAACGUAUUCAUACUAAGCUUCUAGAUCACACAAAAACCGUAGAAGAGGUAGAAAGGAAUGUGUCAACCAUUAAGAAGUAUGCAUCUGACCUACAGAUUUUUGUUGGAAUGAAAAAGAUCAAGACAGAUAUAGAACAUGCAGAAAAGUUGAUGGUGUCAUUGCUGGAAGAUGGAAGUCUACAACACGUUGAUAUCGACUUUAAAGAGGAUCACAAAAUGUCCGACAUUUUAUCCAUUGCAGCAUAUGGGAAUAUAUCCCGCAUUACCAGUUCCCCAACAGUUACCAUAAAGACUGAGAAAAACAAACAAGCCCAAUACUUUGUAGCCUCUUCCAUCGCAGCGAAAAGUAUUAAUGAUAUUAAGCUUUCUUCACAUAAAAAGCUUAAAAUCCCUGAAGUAAAUAAAGCAAGUAGGUUUACAGGGUGUACAAUCACAUCUUCCGGUAAAAUUAUUCUUGUGGACUGGAAUUAUAACGAUGUGAUUAUCCUUUACGAGAACGAGUCAUUAGAAUGUAAGAAAAAAGUAUCAAAUCAGCCUGUAGAUGUCAGUUGUAUUGAUGAUAACACGAUUGCAAUUACCCAUAAAUUUAGUCCAUUUCAAAUCGAGAUAAUAAACAUAUCUUCUAAGCAGCUAAAGAAACAAAUCAGAACUUUAGAUUUGUGUUAUGGAAUAACAAAUGAACAAGGGAGGCUAAUAUAUUGUUCUCACGAGAAAGGUAUUCAGUCAGUAGAUUUUUUUGGUGAUAAUGCAUCCACUAUAUUAGAGCAACCAGAGAUGGAUACUUGGAAUUAUGUUACAGCCUCUGGAGGUAAAAUUUAUCAUACAAAUCCUAAAACGAACGCUGUCACAUGUUAUAACAUCACAGGAGAGAAGGUUUGGGAAUACAGAGAUAAAUCAGUUCUUAAGGAUGUACGUGGUGUUACUACUGACAAGGAUGACAAUGUUUACGUUGCAUCCUUUGGAAAUAACAGUAUCGUCGUUAUAUCACCCUAUGGGAAACAUGCAAGGCGACUUAUAGGAGAGGAGGAUGGUUUAAAUGAGCCGUGGGGUAUUUACCUAGACAAAACCAGGAACAAUCUGCUUAUAUCGUGUUAUAAUGGAGACGUUCAUAUGUAUAAAGUGUCAUGAAAAAAACGUACACUUUCGAUUUCUAAACAUUAAUUGUGUACUUUCGUGUCUGCUUGCUAGUUGCAAAAAUUUUUUUAAGGGUCAUAUGUAUAUACCAUAAGCUUAUACUAAAAAAACAAAUGAGAAAUUUAUUUAAGAUUUAAAAAUCAUGUAUUACUUUAUAACAGUAAACAGUAAGACGUAUCACUGCAUGACAAACGACGUUUUUGGUGAAUACGCAUUUAUUUCA